UUAAAGCGCCGCAAAUAAGGCUCCUUUGUCACGUGCGGGUGCCUGCCUCGGUAUUCUGAAGAGGCUUUCUUUUGUCGAGACACGUGUUUCUGGCUGUCAUCACUUUCCUUCGCACCGGUGAGAAUCGCAUAGCUCUCGCGACUGCGGCCUGAACAAGCUAGCUCAAGCAGUACCCGAAAAUAAUUUGGCCACAUCGUGAAUGGUGGCAGUUACAGGUGAUCAACGUUGUCACUCAGGAAUGAUAGUCCUUCGAGCGCUUCGAGGACGAUGCGUUGCAGGCCACCCAGCUUCCAGUCACGCUUACCUGGAAUUGAAAGAAGGAAGCACACCGACAAGACGGUUUGGACGUGAAGACUUCCAGGCAACCAUGGCUGAACGCUGUCGAUAGGCCUUACACAACAUGCGCAAUCGUACAAAACCAACAAGCUGCAAUGAAAUGCUCGCCCGCUUCGAAGGUUGCACCCUCUCGACCGGACAAGCCAUGUGUGCUGCUAGCACCUGAUUAUAUGGAAUCACUCUUGCUUCUCGAAGAAUAUAUAACAAUGCAGGAAGCAUUCGCCCCUAGCGGUGGCGUGAAAUAGAACCAUCACCAUGUCACGCACCAUGUGCCCCACAGGCUCGGAACGAGUUUCGCCCAAGAAACCAGGUUUUGAGCGGCUACUUGAGCCUCUAGGAGAGGAACCACCUGAGAGCGUCUGCGAGGUGCUUGUGUGCUUCGGCACGUCGCCGGCCAGCCUGCUCGAGCGAUUGUCGUCUGCGCUGCGUCGGCGGUGGCCCCACUGGGCCGUGGUUCUCUCCUACGGCGAGAAGGCGCUCUACUGCACUGGCCAGAGGGACCCGCGCACCGGCUGCCUCGUUGGUACGGCCACCUGGAGGACAGCCGCGCAGUUGGACGCUAUGAACGUCCAUAAGAUGUCUCUGGGCGAGCACACUGUUUCGCCGCAGCAGCUUUGUGACGCCAUGACCGGGCUGUGCGAAGACGGCAAGUACCGGGUGGUGCACAACGACAGCCAAGCUUGGGCUAUCAGGCUCUUGAACCGUCUCAGCUUGGAUAUACCGGACUAGCUGCAGUUUUAUGUGCCUCGCGUCGCACCUGUCUAUUGUCCAUUGUUCAGUAUACGCCCUAAGAGAUCCAUCUAUGCAUCACUUUCUUUGCCCAGCCACUCGCCAUGACAAUGGCUACGUUUAAGUCACGUAUUAACACUAGAAACACUGUGUGCGAAACGUCUACAAAAGCAUUGGACUAUACUUAUUCCUAUAGUAAGUUUCUGUUGCACUGUUCGCCAUGUUGUGUUUACUAUUCUAGGGUAUCACCGAAUUUCUGGAGUGUCUUGGAUCUUUUGAAAGUUAUCUCACAAUCAUACACGCGGCCCUCCACAUUUUACAUAGCGAAUCGGAUUCAUGGAGUUAAUCAAUAGGGAUUCCCAAAAAAUGUCAUUAUUUUCGCAUGAAUGUUUUAGCGUCAUUAAAGAGCAAUUUAUUUAUUUUUCUCGCGUGAUAUCACUUACCACUUACCUUAUAUAUUUAAGCGACAGUACUUUUGUUCGCAUGCGUACGACUACCGGUAGUUUAGUACUGAAUGUAUGAAUUGUUGCUUCAAAAAACUAAUGCGCAACAAUAAUGUUAUAAAUAAUGAUGGCCUAAUCUGGAGGUCAUGUGCUCUUGUUCUCAUGCUUGUUAGUGGAGUUAUUUUAGAUUGAAAAAUGCAAUUUGGAGGGAUUAUUUAUUACUUUUUCUUUAACUAGAAAGUGUGAAUAUUGCGCAUGAUCUUACAAAAAAUUUCAGCAAGUUUGAUGAUUGAAGUUGGCGCUUUUUGUACACUAGAUGAAUUGAUGCCAUUCCUUAGUACUGAUCAUAAAACUCUAGAAUAAAUGCCUCCUCAAGCUCGAGCCUUUUGGCAGAUGCAAGCAAUUUUCUUGAGGACAACACUACUUAUGCAGUCCCCAAUAAACGAUGUUUCCAAAUCUUAAAGUGCAGCUUUUCGCUACCAACUUACAAAAGUGCCAUGUAAUACAAUAACCUUCCUUUCAAUCACUCUUUCUUUCAUUUUUAUUCUUCGUCGUAUUUAGGCGACACACAAGGUCACUAAUAUAGCAAGCUCUGCAGGCGUUAAAUUAUCCUUAAAAAUACCGCUAUGAAACGUUCUUUCAAAUCUGUUAUAUGAUUUUUGAACAGAAAUCAUUCGCCACUCUUGCAUGCUGAAACAACAAUAUAAUAACGCUGCUAAUGGUUAGGGCUAUUUCGCUGUGUAAAGAGUGCGUCCGGAGCUCCACCUUAUUGCUGAAGGGUUGGUUAUGUUAUAACUGAUAUUUAUAUUCUAAACAACAGUACUGCGCCAGUUACAACAUUCCUAAGUAUAAGAUCAGGUGUAAAAAGAUGGACAAAACAAAACAAAGGUCACAGCGGGAUUGCCGACCAACAUGUCAAAUAUCGUACUAUGGUAGAAAGAAAUAAAAUUCAAGAACACCCCUUUACGUAUGGUUGCUUACGAGCGAGAAAGCGAAUCUGUUGCUCAUGAGCUAAUGUGUUCACUCUUCAGAUAAGACAGCAGUUUCACGAGAAGUGUGUGUUCAGGAGGAUAAUUAAAGCUUCCAUUUAGUACUGAUAUUGCAGGCCACCAGAAGAAGUCAGCUUUCGGUACGGAAGUUUCCGAAGGCUACCUGACUUUCUUUAGCUUGUGAGCUCACUUGUGAGCUCACGAUUGUACAAUUAUAGGUUAGAUACCAUACUAUGGCUGAAUGAACUUUCUGCUUACUAAAAGAGUUCGUGGCUAAGGUUCAUCGUUCGUACAUAAAAAUUCACGCACAGACAUGGAAUUAAAGAGACUCCACAAAGGAUGUUACAAAUUUACAAGUAUAAGUUGAGAUCUGGGGUCUACGUUUUCUGUAUUACAGUAUUGUUGCUAACUAUGGACUGUCGUGCAUUUUUUUCCUAAUUGAGCGCCAGCACUAAAGGCAAGUUUCAUAUUAUAUACACCAGCUCUUUUUCACAAGUAUUUAAGAUAAAAUUAUAACGAAGAUGUCACGUAAGCUCAACUUGUUUUAGCAUCGAUGUUUUUCUGUUGUUUUGAACGAGCAUGAAGACGUAAUGUACGUAUUUAGGCAAUCAGGGUCAAUAAUGAUGACAAAAAGAGAAAAUCUGCUGUAUUUAAUGUGGACUACUUAGAUAACAGAUAAUCAUAGUUUGCGAACGUUACGGAAUAGGAGAACAGUCGAGAGAAGACAAGGGAAUUGUGUUUUUUUUUUUUCAGCAUAGUAAUAAUGAGUGGUGAUUUUCUGCAAUGGUUUGUAUUAUCCUUGCAAUAUUACAUGCAUGUUUGGCUGUAUAAGUGCCCGAAAGUAAAAGCUUCGGUGUUGAUAAUAUUUUGUUUUUAUACGUGAACAGGCCCGUAAGCAGUCGAGUAUUUUCCUCCUUUCACGUGACCUCUGUAGUAAGCCGCAUCAACCUCACUCUUAAGAGCAAAUUCAGGUUCUAUAUCACUAUAGACAAAUCUGUUUAAAUUUGCAUCGUGUAAUACAGGAAGCGCCAACCCUAUAACCGAUCGAAAUUCCUUAGAGAUAUCAAAAGGAAACUGUCGUUCUAGCACACAAACGUCGUUUUAAAAUACGUACAUGGACCACCAGGUAUGGGCCACCACGAAAUAAGUCUCCUUUUUUAGAAAAGCGUUAUUUAUAUCCUAGCUCCAAAAAGCAGUCCUUUUCAGCUGUAGCGAACCAUCAUAAGAGAAAGAAUAGCAGAUUAUUAACCUCCAUCAUUAAGGCCAAUUAUCCGCCAUGACUGUUUUUAUGAUGGAUCAAGGACAACUGAACUUGCAACGCACCAGCGGUCAACAAAUAUGAUCGAAGACACUGUAAUUUGCAACUGCUGUGCAAGCAACAUAUCCGCAUAUAUUCUAUGUUGAAGCAACAACCGGAAAAAUAAUUCAGUUAUUCUAGUUUUUGCCAAGAUACUUUCCUUCUGACGAUAAACAAGUAUACUAAUGAUCAGCACGUUGACUUUGUCUCCACUAGAGCAUUUCCAGAUGCUUCGUUCCCAUUUCCUUCUUGCCGAGCAACAUGCCAGGAUGUGUUAGGUCCCUUUCAACUCUAUGGUGUUCGUUUACUUCGUGACUUAUUUAAAAUGUGUUCCUAUUUAGGGUAACUUACUGCAUCUAUUAUUGUAUUGUGUGUGUGUGCCAGAUCUUUAUGCUGUCCAUGGAUGUUCUGUACAUAGUUUCUUGCGCAAUAAAAUUCACACGACA